CCCCACGCUUACUACCACUAUCACUGCCAUUGCCAUCUCCAUACCACCUGCCACCAAAGAGCUGCACCCAGCACCACACCAUGGCCGCGCCCCCUUCACAAAUCGUAGAGGGAAUAUUCCUCGAGUUCUCCAUCGAAGAAAUCCUCACCCGAAACACCCAAGGAUUUCCCGUCGUCGAACCUUGGGCCACCGACUACGUGAACGCUGUCCGGGACAAGCGAUACGGCGAUGCCAUUUGGGCGCGCUACCAUAUAGCAGGCGACGUGCAUGAUGGUAUCUCAGAGGAGGAGAAUAAGCCAGUGCUUGAGGUGAUUGAGGAUGAGGCAUUAAACUACAAGGUAUCCGACCCGGAGGCAUACGCUGAGGCACUUGUGUUCUACGCGGAUACGAGUAGCGCGGAUGGACAUCCGGAAGUGAUGGAGAUUAUUAGACGGAUUGGCAAUAUGGAUACUACAGAGCUUCGGGCAAAGUAUGAACGCGAGCAGUGGGAGGAUCAUAUCGCUGAUUUUUGAGAAUGGAGAUUGGGAGUCUUGGGUCCGUUCUCAGCAGCUACACGCUGAGGACCUUGACUGUUCAGAAAACUUACACGGAUGGCGUCCGAACAUGGGAGAGGAGAAACACGCGGCCAAUUACCCUAUAGUUUCGUUAUUAAGGCACCUGUUUUGAUGUUUGUGGUCUUGUCUUGUGUUUACUAUGGCAAUCCAUCACAAUUUUCGCGACGAAGCCAGGCCGAUGCCCCUAGUGUUGUCCGACACCACACUGCCAGACCUCUGCCGCUCGAGCCCGGGACCCCCGAUCUCGCUCGUGUAGAAGAAUCUAACACUCUCACCCCCACCCUGACUGCAUACUCACUGGAUCUAUAUUUAGAUCGGUCCAAAAGCAGGCUUUUUGGCAU